AGGCAGGGCGGCCCUCCCGCGCUCUUGGGACGUCGGGACCCGAGCACUUCGCCCGCAGGCCCGGUAAGGCCUGAGCCGCGCUGCGCCCCUGGGCCGGGGGAGGAGCCUGGGGACCCGAACUGGCGCCGCUCCAGCAGGUGACGAGGAACCAAGAACCUCAGUUCAGGGGAAACAGCAAGGAAAUGUGAGCCCCAGGCCACAGAAGGAGAGUGUGGCUUCUGUGCCAGGCUGAGGACUGACGUGCCCCGUGUUGCUCCCGGGCUGUGAUAGCAUGAAAAACACCCCCCUCAGUGUUCUGCCCAGGCCCUUGCUGGUGAGUGGGCAGAGGUGAGAAGCGAAGAGUCAGUGAAUGGCUGCAGUGUGACAACAUGCACCACCAGUGGCUUCUGUUGGCCGCAUGCUUUUGGGUGAUUUUCAUGUUCAUGGUGGCUAGCAAGUUCAUCACGUUGACCUUUAAAGACCCGGAUGUGUACAGUGCCAAACAGGAGCUUCUGUUCCUGACAACCAUGCCGGAAGUGGGGAAGUUGCCAGAAGAGAAGCACAUUCCUGAGGAACUGAAGCCAACUGGGAAGGCGCUUCCAGACAGCCGGCUCAUUCAGCCCCUGGUCUACAUGGAACGCCUGGAACUCAUCAGAAACGUCUGCAGGGAUGAGGCCCUGAAGAAUCUCUCGCAUACUCCUGUCUCCAAGUUUGUCCUGGACCGAAUAUUUGUCUGUGACAAGCACAAGAUUCUUUUCUGCCAGACUCCGAAAGUGGGCAACACCCAGUGGAAGAAAGUGCUGAUCGUUCUAAACGGAGCCUUUCCUUCCAUUGAGGAGAUCCCUGAAAAUGUGGUGCAUGACCACGAGAAGAACGGCCUGCCUCGGCUCUCUUCCUUCAGUGAUGCAGAAAUUCAGAAGCGAUUGAAAACAUACUUCAAGUUUUUUAUUGUAAGAGAUCCCUUCGAAAGACUCAUUUCUGCAUUUAAGGAUAAAUUUGUUCACAAUCCCCGGUUUGAGCCUUGGUACAGGCAUGAGAUUGCCCCUGGCAUCAUCAGAAAAUACAGGAGGAACCGAACGGAGACCCGAGGGAUCCAAUUUGAAGAUUUUGUGCGCUACCUGGGCGAUCCGAACCACAGAUGGCUAGACCUUCAGUUUGGGGACCACAUCAUUCACUGGGUGACGUAUGUAGAGCUCUGCGCUCCCUGUGAGAUAAUGUACAGUGUGAUUGGACACCAUGAGACCCUGGAGGAUGAUGCUCCAUACAUCUUAAAAGAAGCUGGCAUUGACCACCUGGUGUCAUACCCGACCAUUCCUCCAGGCAUUACCGUGUAUAACAGAACCAAGGUGGAACGCUAUUUCCUGGGCAUCAGCAAACGAGACAUCCGACGCCUAUAUGCACGUUUCGAAGGGGACUUUAAGCUCUUUGGGUACCAGAAACCAGAUUUUUUGCUAAACUAAUGCAUAAGACCUAUGCAGAUAUCUUUGUUAGUCCCGGGGCUAACCAGGUGGAGAUCUGAGCCCAGAAAUGACCCUUCCUCCACCACAUCCCUCCUUUUAGGAUGCCUGAGGUCUCCCAUGUGCCUGUGAGUGCCUCAGCAUAUGACACAAGACCCCGACUGUUAGGACUUAGUUUGGAUGUAAGAUGCUCUGAGGACCUGCCCCCACCCCUGCCAUCGUCGUUAGGUUGUCGCUGGCCUUUGCGCACCUCAGAGGGUAGAAAAGUUUGAGAGCCCAGCAGGGAGGAAGCAUUACACAGGCUUAGGAGCCAUUUCCCUCAGGUGACAAGAAAGGGGAUGCCCCCGAGGCUCUCCUGGCCAGUCGGGGGUGGCCUCACCUGUCACUGGUGGGUCACAGGAACAGCACCCAGCACUCUGAGGAGGGACAGAGAAGCAAGGGGACUGCCAAAAUCAGAGACGCAUGCAGCAUCAGAUCUGAGGCGUAAAACGACACCUCUGGCCUUCGUUUUGGUGCUGCUGUGAUUGUAGAGGCAAAGCAUUCUUUCUGUGACUGUUUUGUUCUUGUGGACACUCAUCGAUGGCCAGAUGGUGGUGUGGUGUCCAGGGGUCCAUCUUUUCAGAAUCCAUAACCCGUGUAAUGCUCGUCCAUACUUCUGAACCUGUCUGCCAGGCGCCCACUUCAUUUGGCACAAGAAAUACGAUUUUAAAAAGUGAAUUGAGGGGAGGCUUUUUCUACCUGAGAAGGGGAUGUCUUUGGGGGCCUUACAAGGGACAUGGCCCAGGAAUGGGAGGGCUGGUUAGGCUUGGAGCUCAGGCUACUUUAGAUUCGGGCACAUCAGUUCUGACUUGCCUUGCCUGGGUGGUCAGCAGUGAGCCUCCAGCUGUCUCCUCCAGGGAGCUCUCCCCUUGGGGCUGAAGACUAGCAGGGGCAACUUGCCAGCAUCACAGAAUUCAGUGUAGUUUACACAUAUCGAUUCCUUUCAUCUCAGCAAAAUGGGCACCACCAGAGCCAUUCUGAUCACGCCACCAUCCUGGACCGUGUGACUGGAAGGUGGGUGACCAAGUUCACCAGCAAUAAAACCUGGGGCCCAGGUAGCCUCCAGCAGCGCCGAUUCCUGGCAACGACGUAGGCCCUGGUGCAGGGAGAGCCACAGCGACUGUUUCAGAUGCCAUCCACAGCCAGGGCCGCUGAGACCCGGGACAGUUUCCUGUGGUAUGUGCCAGCCCGAGACUGUACAGUGCUCCUGAGCCCAGGGUGGAGGAGGGAGCCAGGCUUUGCUUCAAGGCGGCCUCCACCUUCCUUUUCUCAGAAUGGUUUCCUGAAUGUGUCAAUGUGAAAGUCAAAUAAAAUUUAUGUGCCAAACCUAA